AUGGGGUCUCUGAAAAGGAAAAGUAGAGGGACCGAUUAUAUGGAAGAUGAGAGGAUGCAGAGGCGAAAGAAGAGAAGGCCCAUGGCUGAUUUAAGUCACGAGGGUUAUCCAUCAAAGAAUGGUAUCAGUGGUGGCAGCACUGCCAAAACCCGGACAAGAACUAGGGGAAAUUUGCCUAACCAGGGUGCUAGUAACGACCAUCAUUAUCCUCCAGAUGAUGAUUACAUGUUCUUCUUGGAUAGCUUGGGUCUGGGCCUUCCGUCAGCAGCUGAUUCCGGUGACCGGGUUGGUGGUACUAGUGGCUGUGAUAGUGAAGCCGCCACUCGGGGUAUGUGUUCUGAUCUAAAGGAGGACUGGCCGGACUUGGACAUUGACCUUUUCAAAUUGUUGGCUGAGAAAGGUGGUGGUAGCAGCAGCAUUAGAGCAGAGGAUGAUGGCGUCGGUAACCGUAGGGAUCCAGGUGCUACCAGUGGAUGUGGCACGUCUAUGGAUGGUGACAAUGAAGCUGCUCAGUAUGUGGACGACUCUUUUCUCCGGGCAUGCUACGCCAGUGAUAAGAAUGGGUUGAGUUGCAAGGGUGAUACUGGUGACGAGGCUACUGAUGAUGGUUGUGAUGAUAAGUCGGGAGAUAGCUUUCAUGGUAAUUCUGAGUUUGUGGAAGAAGCCGGUGAGAUUGGAGGCUCUGGUGAUGAUGAUACGUCUUUUGACAAUGUAGCUCCUGCUGAAGAAGUCGCAGACCAUUGCAGGCAUUUCGAUCUCUCGGAUCCAGAUCAAACUGCUGAUGAUGAUAUCCUCGAAGCUUCUGAUCCAGCAUAUCUUAGUUUCUUAGAGAACCUGAGAGAAGAUGGGACUGCAUAUAGUGUCGAGCUACCUGUGAGCAAUGGAAAGUCACUAUCUUUUGUUUAUGAAAAGCAAUAUGUUUCUCAUGGUCAAUGUGACGCUGGUGAGCCAAGACAGACUUCUUUAGAGCGAAACAAUGGAGAACCUGAGAUUUGUCUGGGGCUACGUUGCGAUGAAACUCAAGGUCAUUGCCAGAUAGGAAAUGAAGGAGGUGCUGGAUGUGAUCCGAGAGUUCCUAAUGGAAGCAACAAGAGUUUAUUGACGGGGAGGAAGUUCUCUUACAAAACUGAAAAUGGGGUACGCAGUGGAUUUAGAAGAGAAGAGAAGUCCCAAAUGGAAGACCUUUUGGAGAGAGAGAGCAAAAGGAAGGGGGAAGAACGUGGGGAUUCAAAGGUUGCGUCCGGUAGGGAAAGGAGGAGCUGUUCACCCUUGAAACCAAGGAUCAGAGAUGAAGCGGGAGAUGCACCAGAAAAUGCAUGUAGGACAGAAGCUCCAAUGCCAGCCAGGGUUCAGCCAAAGUCCGGAGACACAAGAGAGAAAAGUGUUCUAGUACCCAGUUUGGUGAGAGAUAAAACAACUGAAACUGUGCCUUGCCGAGAGAGCAAAAAGAAGGGGGAAGAACGAGGGGAUCCAAAGGUUGCGUCUGGUAGGGAGAGGAGGAGCUGUUCACCCUUGAAAACAAAGAUCAGAGAUGAGAAGAGAGAUGCACCAGAAAAUGCACAUAGCAGAGAAGCUCCAAUGCCAGCCAGGGUUCAGCCCAAGUCCGGAGACACUAGAACAGAAAAAGUUCUGGUACGAAAAGAAGAACAGAAAACGAAAGCUCAGAAGGAUGUGAGCAACAUGCACGAUACGAAAAGAAGACGUUUGAUUCCUGAUAAAACACAGAGAAAAGAGUCCUUGAAUCCUGUCCCCUGUGAAGAACCUGCAACAACUAAAAUGCCUUCGAACAAAAAUGAACAGUGCAAACCUAAAGAUGAGCUGGAUGACAUGCAGCAUAGGAAAAGAAGACGUUUAAUUUCUGCAGAAACACUGAAAAAAGGGUCCUUGAAUCCUGUUCCCCGCGAAGAACCUGCGACAACUAAAACGCCUUCAAACAGAAACCAAUGCUGCAGACCUAAAAUAGAUGAGGAUCAAAUUGACAAAUGCUAUGAAAUAUUCCUCCGUUCUCUAAAGAAGAAGCCAACACACAUUGAAUUUGUCCCUUCAGUUGGCGAAAGAGUGUUAUAUCAUGACUAUCCCACCAGCUAUCCCACGAGCCCAUCUGAUUCAGAUUUAAUGGAGAUUGAUGCCGCCACCUUUGCUAAUGACGUCAACACUCCAUUCGUGCUAGCAAAGAACCAUGGAAUCAUUGAUCUUGACUUGGAACCUGAAGAAGGCCAUGGUGGGAAUCACUACAACUCUGUGUUCAGGGUGAAGCUUCUUGAGAAUCUAAGAAAGCCUUACGACCGGAGAGAGUACGAGGAGUUGUUGAAAGAAGUGUCUUGCAGGAAGCAAAUGGUGAAAGAUAGAGAACUCCGGCAUGGACGAACAGUGGAGAUCAAGCUGGAAGCUUUUGGGCAAUCUUACCUUGAUAAAUAUACAGAUUUUGCAAGAAAGCUUCACGAGUUGAAGCCUGAUUCGGAGUGCAAUCGCCUCGUAAGGUUGAACUUGUUACGUGGGUUUUUCUAUUGGUUGGAGAAUUUACCCCUUCCUGGAUCUUUCCAUCCAUGGCUGGACGAGUCAUGUUUGAAAGUGCUGCCAAGUUGCAAACUAGCUCCCCGGAAUUAG